AUGGGCUCCCGCUUCGUGAGGAUCGGACUCCUUGCAUUGACGACAGCGCUUCUUCUCUACUACCACGCCUCGAUACUGUCAUUCUCGACGCGCGAUGUGGGCCAGGAGACGGAGAAGAUAAUCCAGAUCCCGAUCUCACAGACACAGCCUGGGAAUACGAAAUGGCCAUUCCCACCGGCUGACGCGGGGGGCUCAGAGCUCACACAGAUCCCACCCGGCCUGCCCGGCAGUGGCAGCGGCGCAAAUCCCCCAACCGAUGGCGCACCACAGGCAGCCUCAGGCUCCUCGUCCGCCUUCAACGAGGUCAAGUUCGAGUUCCAAGAGGACCUGACGCGCUUCGUCCAGCCCGUCUUCGAUAUCGCCAAGCUUAAACAGUACCGUGCGCACAACGACCGCGGGCCGGGCCAGUUCGCCUUCGCGACGUACCUGUCGACGCGCGACAACAGCGUGGCGGACCCCUACUUCCUGUCGGCGAUGCAGCUCGUCUACCGCAUCCUCUGGGACCCCAAGUCGCGCUCCGCGUCGCACCCCGUCGUCGUCUUCGUCGCCCCCUUCAUCCCCCAGCAGCAGCGCGACCUCCUGCAGGCCGCGGGCGCCAUCGUGCGCGAGCUCGAGCUGGUGCCCUGGGACCCGCCCAAGGACGAGUCCGGCGGGCAGUUGUUCCCGUUCGCGCGGUGGCGCGACCUCUUCUCCAAGCUCAACAUCUGGGCGCAGCUGGACUUCGCUCGCGUCGCCUUCCUGGACCUGGACGCGUUCCCCGUGCGGGACCUGGACCUCAUCUUCGACGAGAGCGUGUCGCCGCGCCAGCGGUGCCGCGCUGAGCUGCUGCCGCCCGAGGACAGGAUCCACGAGGCCGAGAUCUGUGACUACGUCUUUGCGGGCCACGGGCUCGCCGACGGCGUCAACGUUGGGGUCAUCGUCUUGGAGCCCAACAGGUACAUGCACCAGCGGCUGCUGCGCGAGUGCCAGGACACCACCAAGUUCGAUAAUAAGAUGGCCGAGCAGGCAUUCCUGAACUACGCCUUUGGCCGCGGCGGGCCCUUCCCACCCUACGAGCUUGGCAGGGAGUGGAAUGGCUUCUACCCCACGGAGGAGGAGCAGGGGCUCCUGCGGAUAGUUCACGAGAAGCUGUGGAUAUUCGGUGACAACACGGCUUGGACGAAGGACAUCUUCAGCAACGGCUGGUUCGAGUUGUUGACACUCUACCAGAGCCCAGAGUUUGAGGCGAUGAGGGCUCUCGAUGGCCCCAUGUCGCAGUCAUUUGGCUUCGGCGGGUCAUAG